GCGUUUGCAAGUGCAAGUCGAGUCGCGUCGUUUCCAAUCCUGUCUUGCUUGGUACACUUUUUGCAGUAACUGCCCGUUUCAAUUCAUUCUCCCGCAAUUUGAAAAUAUCAUUUUCGUACGCCUGGAAGCGCCGCCAUGCCCUGAGCAAACUUCUGCCUUUUUCUAUUUCGCCCUUCUAUACCCAUCCCCUCCUCCUGUUCGAAAUGGAGUCCUUUGACGUGCCCGACUCAACCGACUGGAUUGGGACACCGCUUGCCGGCCUCAUGCAAGUCGAGCAGGCAUUCCGCUGCCACGUAUGCAAAGAUUUUUACAACUCGCCCAUGAUCACCUCCUGCAGCCACACAUUUUGCUCGAUAUGCAUCCGGCGGUGUCUGUCGGUCGACGGCAAAUGCCCACUCUGCCGGGCACUCGACCAGGAAUCCAAGCUGAGGGGGAACUGGGCCUUGCGGGAAGCCGUCGACGCCUUUGUCAAGUCUCGCGAUGCGAUACUGCGGUUCGCCACAACCCCGGUCACUGUUUCCACACCAAGAUCCCCAAAGAGGAAAGCGGGAGAGUUGGAGGAGCCCGUGCAGGAUGCGCAAAACAAGAGGCCCAGGAUGACGACGAGGUCAAGCAAGGCAAAAGCGGUGGAGGCGAACGCAGCGGUCAUGCGCGAGGAGGUGGAUGUACUCGAGAGCGAGGACACGCCAGACUACGAGCCUGAGCCAGAGGAUGGCCUCGUGGCAUGCCCGAUUUGCUGGACGCGGAUGAAGCCUUGGCAGGUUGACAGGCACAUCGAUAAAUCAUGCUCGGGCUCCCCUCAACCACAAACCCUCCCGUCGUCAUCUACCACAAACAACCGCGGAGGUAGUGGCUUUGGCUCGGCUCGAAGUCUUUUCCAGAAUCCUCCAACGCCCACGAAGGCGCCUGAUCGGCUCCCAGCACUGGCAUAUUCCAUGCUCAAAGACACCGCACUGCGCAAGAAGAUGGGCGAACUCGGGCUGUCGACAGCCGGAUCGCGACAAAUGCUAGAGAAAAGACACCAGGAAUGGAUAACACUAUGGAACGCAAACUGUGACUCGGCGAAACCCAAACGGCGCUCCGAGCUCAUGCACGACCUAGAAGUAUGGGAGAGGACAAUGGGCAGCCGGGCGCCGACCAUGUCGAGGGCGGCAAACAUGGGAGCGCAGAUCAAGGACAAGGAUUUUGACGGGGCUGCGUGGGCGACGAAGCAUGAUACUUCUUUCAAGGACUUGAUCGCGAAAGCCCGGGGAUCAAAAAAUAAAGCCGUCCAAAAGGAGGACGAGGCAGGCAAAACUGGAGAACUCGAACCAACGCCGGAUGACGGGAGGGGGAUAAAUGGCACGGUGAUAGUGCCAGACUUAUCGAAAGGGGUUGUGGUGGAUCUCACAGGCCGCCAUCAAGCCAACCCGAGCCGCCAGAUUCGCCGUUAAAGGGGCUGAGAAGCCCUUCGGCAAGUAGCGGUGUUGGCUUGUCAAGAGUUCAGGGGUCGGUUCUUGGGAAGGAGGUGUUAUAUCCCUUAACCGACCGCGCACCCACGUGUAGCCCGUCUCGGGGGCCUGAAGGGGCGCCUUCAUGAGCAGAUGGGCUUCGAAUCAAGGAUUGAAAUGUUUGACAUCAUUGCUCGUUAACCCUCUUUGCCCGGCCAUUGCC